CUUGAGGCAGCAGCAUCAGCGGCUCCGUGGUGCGGACGGACACUUGACGCUCACUGAAAAUGUCCGCCAAAAAGACGAAAAAGGCCAUCGAGUCCAUCAACUCGCGACUCCAGCUGGUGAUGAAGAGUGGCAAAUACUGCCUGGGAUACAGACAGACGCUCAAGAUGAUCCGGCAAGGCAAGGCCAAGCUGGUGCUGCUCGCCAACAACUGCCCGGCACUGAGGAAGUCCGAGAUUGAGUACUACGCCAUGCUGGCCAAGACGGGCGUCCACCACUACAGCGGCAACAACAUCGAGAUGGGCACGGCGUGCGGCAAAUACUACCGCGUGUGUACGCUCGCCAUCAUCGACCCCGGUGACUCGGACAUCAUCCGCUCCAUGCCGGAGCAGCAGCAGCCGCAGCCCGGGGACAAGUGAAGCGGCGGGGGUCCCACGGCGCCCCCCCCACACCACCAAUAAAGCCCCCCCAUCGAG